AUGAGAGUUGAAGAAUUAAUCAACGAGUUGACUAAGCUUUUGGAAAGAAAGAGGUGCUUGAUUGUUCUUGAUGAUCUAUCUUCUACUAUGGAAUGGGACUUGAUAAUUCGAGUUUUACCUACAUUGGAGGAUAUGAGUCGGAUCAUAGUCACUACAAGGGAAGAGAAUAUUGCAAAGCAUUGUUCAAAGAAACAAGAAAACAUCAUGCUCAAGGUUCUAGAAGACAAUGAUGCACUUGACCUCUUCACAAAAAAAAGACAGGCGAGGCAUUUAGGCAUAUGUGCUUAUUACUGCUGCUGCUCCAUGUCACCUUUUUUGAGAAGGCGUCUAAACCCAAUUGGUAUCGAAGUGCCAAGAGGGUUUAGUAAGCUGAGAGCACUACACACUCUAGGUGUUGUGGACAUUGCAGCGGGAAUGACCAUACUAAAGGACAUAAGAAAUUUCACCCGGUUGCGCAAGUUAGGAGUGACUGGCAUCAACAAGAAAAAUUGUCAAGAGUUUUGUUGCGCCCUUGCUGAUCUCGGCUCCCUGGAAUCACUAUCACUGCAUUCAGAGGGACAGCCAGGUUUGUAUGGCUGCUUGGAUGGAGUGUCCUCGCCUCCUGAAAAUCUCCAGAGCCUCAAGCUGGUAGGCAAUCUUGUCAAAUUGCCGGAAUGGAUCUGCAGGCUCCAGAAUCUUGUGAAGUUGAAGCUACAUAACACCUGGCUAUCAGAGAUGGAUGAAACCAUACAAAUCAUUGGCAAGCUACCAAACCUGGCCAUUCUGGGUUUGUGGAUGAAUUCGUUCCAUGACGAACUGCCUCGUCUCACUUUCCGUCCUGAGGCAUUCCUAAAUCUGAUGGUGCUGGAGCUGGACUAUGUCGAUAGUAAAGUCAUGUUGGUGGAGUUUGAAGAAGGAGCAAUGCCUAAGCUUGAGAUGUUGCUUUUGAAAGAAGAAUCACAUUGGGUCCGUGGGUUAUCAUCUCUCCCGAGCCUCAAGCAAGUUCAGCUCCAGGGUCACGAAGAGCCCUUCGUGGAUGCCAUGCGGGGCCAGCUCUCCAUGCACCCAAAUAAACCCGUAUUGAAGAGGCUCUGAGAGGUUAGAGGUAUUCCUCUGCUGCUUCUCUGUUCCCUUCCCCUUUUCUGCAUCUGAAGUAUGUUUUGAUUAUCAAGUCCCAUCUGAAUUUGGACAGCGGAAUAUGUUUCGAUUAUCAAGUCCCAUCUGCAUUUGGACAGCGGACCGCAGGCACCGUCGGGGACUGACAAUGGAUACGGCUUGCCGUUUGUGUGAUCAGGAACACGAGACAGCCGAUCAUCUACUCUGCACUUGCAGUUU